UUACUUAGUAUAGAACUUAAAUGAUUGACUAAACUUUUUAGAUUGGUAUUUACUGUAAUAAACUCUACUAAAAUGUACUCAAUACUGUGCUUGUGAACCUUACCGUAGUAAAUAUUUAACUUAAGGAUACCACAGUUUAUUUUAUAGUUAUCACUGCAGAAUACUGUCGCAUAUAUUAGCAAAGUGUAACAUUUGGCUAUACCACAAUAUAGGCUAUUACAGUUAAUUGAGUACUAUUCAUGUGGGGUAGUUACACAAUCUGUUUAUUUCACUAUUUGUAUUGUUCGUGAAUUAGUUUUUGAUCAUUUAUUUUCUUCUGCAUGAUCAAUAAUAAUUUGUCCCGACGCGCCACUUGCCGGUUGCGCGUGCGUGAGGAUGCGCGUGGGAAUAACCGCCAGCCAAUGCGGCUAUAAAUCAUGAGCGCGCGCGUAACCUCGCGCUCAUAUAUAGUUUGCCGUUUCUUGUUGCAUUUCUGGAUGUUUUGACAUUUAAACAGUAAAUGUUUAACUCUGUUGGAUCUUUCUAUUGGGCUGAAGAAGGUUUGCAGAAGCUCUUGGUGGAUUUUGACGGGUGAAAGAUGAUCUCUCCUAGGGAUUGUAUGUAUGCUGGAAAAAAACGAAGAAAACCUAUUCAGAAACAUAAACCAGAGAAAGUUGGAGAGAAAUCAAAUCCAUCUAAGAGACACCGUGACCGUCUGAACGCCGAACUGGAGCGGCUGGCAAAUCUGCUUCCCUUCAAUCCUGAUGUCAUUUCCAAACUGGACAAAUUGUCAGUGUUGAGACUCGGCGUGAGUUACCUGCGAGUGAAGAGCUUCUUUCAAGUGACCGAGAAAGACGAUCACAGUAGUGAUGCCUCAAAGCCGGACCACGGCAAGGAGAUUCUGUCCUAUGUGAUAGACAGUGACCUCCUUCUACAGUCUCUGACUGGAUUCGCAUUGAUCAUCGGUACAGAUGGGGUUAUCUUCUACGCAUCUUCUACUAUCGUUGAUUACCUGGGAUUUCAUCAGACAGACGUGAUGCACCAGAACUUCUUUGAUUAUAUCCAUGUGGAGGAACGUCAGGAGUUUUGGAGACAGCUGCACUGGUCCAUGAACCCCAGCCAGUCAGACCCUCAAACCACCGGAGACACGAUAGAUGAGGCUGCUGUGAUGGUUCAUCUGUUCAGCGCCCAGGCGACUGAUGGGGUUCGUCCUGACCUGUCACCCUUCCUCACACGCUGCUUCAUAGCCAGAGUACGCUGCCUGCUGGACAGCACAUCCGGCUUUCUGAGCCUGCAGUUUAAUGGCAGUCUGAAGUUCCUGAAGGGUCAGAAGAGAAACACAAACACUGGAGCUCUGCUGCCUCCUCAGCUCGCUCUGUUCUGUGUGGCGGUUCCUGUAGUUGUGUCCUCCAAUACAGAGCUCACAGUCAAGAGGAUGAUGAUGAUGAAGAGCAAACACAGAACAUCUACCAGCAGGUUCGGUGUUUCCCAUGGCUCAUCUGACAGCGCCUGGUCAAGCUCUUCAUGUCCUGAAAGUUCCAGAUCAGCCCUGGCCAAUAGGAUGGGAUUCAGAGGAGAUGCCAGUAAAACCCAAGAGCAACCUCUCAACUUCUGUGUUUCAUCUCUGGUCAGCUCUAGACUGCAGGAUGUUCCCUGGAAAGCCCACUGUCUUGUUGCUUCGUACCCAGGGUCCGGCAGUAUCUACCACACCCAUACUGGAAAAUUACAAACUGAUUGCGACACACGUAGGCUCAAUAGUUACAGUGAAGAGGAGAGUUACGGCAUUAAUGGAAAGAGUGAAAGAAGAAACUAUGUGCAAAAUGAAUGUUAUAACAACAUGAUUCUCCCCAAAGCAAUUAAAACUGAACAGGAUUCAGAUUCUGAAAAUGGUUGUAACAAACAUGGCAUGCAUUGGUUCCCUCAAUAUCCACAGAUAAAAACUGAAGCUGAAUAUUAUGACAACUACACCUCAUGUCAAAGGGGCAAAACCGCCAUUAACCCUCACCUCAAUGGACACCACAAGCAUCUCUACGCAGUAGUCGGCACACCUCUCAAGUGUGUACUGAACAAAAGCCUGAAGUGCUGUGACGUUUUAAGUGGCAGUCAGGAUGGAUAUGAGUUUGCAAAUUCCUCUGUGGAUCAUAAACGCUACAUGCAGGAUAUCCGCCUGGCUUAUGAGUUCAGGAGUCAGGGAAUGAAGCAGGAGAUCAAACAAGAAACUUUCGAACAUCCCAUUUGGUCUGACAGUUGUCAUGAUUUUAGUCAAGGCCACGUGCAAAGAAAUAUCACUACAAGCUACACCGUGAGCAACCCCAAAGCAAACCCAUAUGUUUACAUGCAGUGACUUAUAUGACCAACUGCAGCUGUUAGGAAAUAAAGUCUUUAUUAAAAAAGAUCUGACUGGUACAACAAUUAAAUGCAAAUGCUCAGGAUUUCUGCUAUUUUGAGACAAAGAAAAAUAAACUUUUUAUUUUUAAAAAAGUUUUACAUUUUGUAAUUUUCCAUUUGGAUAAUGUUGACCUCAAUGCAGAUUUGAACCUGGUUUUUGUGUGUUUUUUUUAUAAUUUGAAAAAGAUUAUAGUCACAAUUUGAAUUCAAAGUAUUCCUGUAGCUUAAUUGGUAGGUCAUUGUGUUAGCAUUGCAAUGGGUCAUGGGUUUGAUCCCAGAAGACACAUAAUAAAAAACAUAUUAAAAAGCACUGUAAGUUGUUUUAAAUUAAAGCAUGGAUCAAAUGUGACAAUGUAAAUUCAUCUCUUACAAAUAUAACCUACAGAGGUCAUAAACUUAGUAUACAUUUUUACAUUUUAACUAGGGCUGGGCAUAGACUAAUCUAGAUUAAUCUCAUACAAUAUAAAAGUAAUUUUUCACAUAAUAUGAGUUUGUGCUGUGUGUAAAUUUUAUAUUUAACCACACACACAUACAUAU